AGAUAAAAAUGUCACUUGGUGGUUAUCAUGGAGGAGGAGGAGGAGGAGGUGGUGGUGGUGGAAGCAGUGACGACAGUGGUUUUCCUCAAUUGGAUUUGAGUGGAAAACUUAUUAUUAAAGCACAGUUAGGAAAUGAUAUUAGACGAAUUCCUAUUCAUAAUGAAGAUAUCACUUACGAUGAAUUAGUGUUAAUGAUGCAACGUGUAUUUCAUGGAAAAUUAUCUACUAAUGAUGAAGUAACUAUCAAGUAUAAAGAUGAAGAUGGUGAUCUUAUAACAAUAUUUGAUAAUUCAGAUGUCUCAUUUGCUAUCCAAUGUAGUAGAAUUUUGAAAUUAACAAUAUUUGUAAAUGGAGAGCCUGCACCAUUAGAAUCUGAUGAAGUAAAACAUAUCCGUAAAGAACUUCAAGUGAUUAGAGAUCAUGUUAAUCAUUUACUUGAUCGUCUUGAGCCAAGAACUAUUUCUGUUAAUACUGAGAAAGUUUCAAAAAGUGAGGCAGCAACUGCAACAGUUCCUCCCAAUGGAGGUAAAGUUCCAAAAGAAUUUGAUCCAUUGACUGUUAAGCAAAAUAAUGAUGAAAAAAAAGUUGCAUCUUCAUUUGGCAUUCAAGAAGGUAAAGAUGAAGGCAGAGCUGGUAGUCCAGAUAGUAUUUCAAGUUUGGGAUCAUCUGCCAGUCAACAACGAUUACAGCAGCAACAGCAACAGUCGCAAACACCCCAACAUGGACCUAUGCCUCCUGGUUCCUAUCAUGGCAACUAUCCACCUCAGUCUGCAAUUCCACCACAACAGCAGCAGCAGCAACAACAGCAGCAGCAGCAACCUGGAAUGUAUUCACAGCAACAACUACCAACUUCUCAGCCUCAUCCUUAUUAUCCUCAAGCAGGAAUGCCACAAUCAACACCGCCAACUCAGCCUAGCAGCAUGGCACAUUCAUCUGGAGUUGGAUAUGGUGCAGGAACUGUUCCACCUCAAGAUUAUGGCAGCUAUCAAAUGAUGAGAUCUCAACCUUCUCCUCAUCCUCAAUAUGGACAACAAUCUCAACCACCUCCUGGUAAAGCUGUACCUUAUAAUGCUCCUUCUGGAGGUUCUCAGAGUUUUGGACCAGGAGGAUCAACUUACCAAGUACCAGCUACAAGUCAAGGAUAUCAACAGGGUCAACCUUUUCCGCCCGCUGGCUGUUCACCGUCUCCAACUCCAGGAGUUGCUCCGCCAACAUCCGGAGGACCAAAUCCAUAUUCUCGUGGUCCUCAGGUCGGUUAUCCUCGUCCUGUUGCAAAUUAUCAACAAGGAUACCAGUGACGUCUCUUGCCAAGAUACUAUAUAAGUCAAGAUUUGGGCUGUGUAACUUCUAAUGAUACAAUCAAAUGAGCAUAUGUACUCAUUUUAUUGUUAAGUUUAAAUAAACAGUUUUGUAUAGGAUUUUGCAUCUUGCAGUUUUCUGUUUGUUCUUUUCUGCAUCAAUUUUUAUAGAUAUAUUAAAUAUAAAAAUUAUUAUUGGUAUAUUAAAUAUAAAAAUCAUUCCAUGUUAAAUUAUAUACUACAUUGAUAUUGUGUAAAAUGGUAUUGCAUGAGAAAGAAUAAAGGUAUAUAAAGGUG